AUGCCAGGCUGGACAGCACCUCCAACGCGACGCGAGCUGUUGCUCGUGCUCGUCUCAGUAACAAUAUUUGUCGUCGCCUACAAUGCCGACACGAGACUAUCUCUCCUGGGCUUCUCUAUCCGCCCCUACUCGCCCUUCGCCUCGGCGCGCGAUGCACCCAUCGGUCCAGACGGCCGUAAACCUGCUGGCUACCGAGACGCGCUAGAAGACGAAAUAUUCGGAACGUGGGACUGGGAGCCAGAUCAUAUCGCUGGAAUAAAAGACGCGGAGGAGCUGAGGGUUGUUGGGAAGAGUGGGGAGGGGGAGAGCUACCUGCAUGGCGUCGGGUUGACCGGGCAGCAGGCGCUAUGGUUGCAGGGUGUCGGCGAGGGAAAAUAUGUGACGGACGGGCGCCUGGGGAAGACUACCAUCAAUGAGGAGUUUGGAAGAUGGGGCGAGGAGGUGCCGAGGACGAAGAUCGUAUUCCACGAGCCAGGCUUCACUAUUCUGGAGAACGUCAGUAUGGCCUUCGGAACAUUCUUCCUCGUGACGGACGACCCGUCAUCUAUGCCGCUGCCCGAAACGUUGGGUAGCAGUAUGAUCAACCACGCCAACCCUCCACGCGACAUCGACUGGCAGAUCUUGCCUCUUGCCAAUGCCUUCCCCAAGCUCGGCGGCUUCGGUGGCCAGAUGCACGGCACAACACUCGUUUCAUACGACGACACCACCGAUGGCCUUACACUGCUUACUCUACAACUGCUCUACAAACACCUCAACCUCUCAGAACCUCCCGCACGGUUGAUCCUCCCGGCCGUACCGACAUAUAACGACCCAAAACCUCCAGACCCAUACGAUGGCAACCCGCCACGCCAUCGCUCAGACGUCGGCGUACACCCUAUGACGCUCAAAGCUGCCUACCCGCGUCUCGCGGGCACCAUGUUCCACGAAGACUUUGACGACUUCGUCGGCCUGGGUACACCGGUUUUGAUCGAGCGCCUCGUGGUAGUCGACCGCGGCGCCUCCGCACGGGCUGGACAUUCCGACGCACCGUGGGCGCGACUAUUCACUUCACAACGAGAUGUCAUUCGUCAAGACUGGUUCGAAGAUGUCAGGCAGACAUUGUGGGACUUCUUGGGAAUGGAGGAUGCCAAAGCGCCCGGGAAGGAGGUCACUUAUCUGAGCAGACAACUGGAGGGACCGAGGAUGAGCGCGAAGGAUCACGAGGCGCUAAUCAAGGAGUUGAAGAAGACGGGCGUUACGGUGCAUGUUGUCGAUGAGACGACGCCCUGGUUGGAGCACAUGAAUGCUGUCGUGCGCUCUUCGGUCAUUGUAGGCGUUACCGGCGACCAUUUGUCAAACGCGGCCUUCCUCCUCCCAAGCGCCCACUCGGCACUCGUCGAGCUCUUCCCAUCCAGCGCUUUCAACGCUGAUUGGCUCACUGUCGUGCGGUCCAUGGGUCACGGAUACGUCGGGUUCCAGGAUACGAGGAGACUCGACAUUGCGUCUUUGCCGCCCGUUUCAAGACCAUCACGGUUGGGCGAGAUCAAGAUCGAUGCUGCGGCCGUUGCGCGCGCUGUUCAGGAACAGCUCUCGCGUCAUUGA